AGGAUGUCGUUCUGAAGCUCUGUGACUUUGGCACUGCCACGGUCUUAACGGACCAGAGGCCCAGGUCGUUGGUCAACAUUGGCACUCUCUCUUACACUGCUCCGGAGGUUUACCAGCGCAAAGGAGCUGACCUCCCUGCAGACAUAUGGUCUUUGGGUGUCGUUCUGUAUGUUAUACUGACCGGCACAAACCCGUUCCGCAAUUCGAAAGAUGCCACCAAGCAGGAAACAGUGAGAAAGAUCAAAGCUGGGAUGUUUGCAACACAGCGUCCUGGCUGGCUGAAAGUCUCUCCUGGAGGUCAAGACAUUGUGAGGAAACUCCUGGUCCUACCCGAGGACCAGCGCCUUACUUGCAGCCAGGCUUUGCAACAUGCCUGGGUGGCUGGAGCUAAACAGACGUUUGGGAAUGCUGAAGCUCGGGCUUUGGCCGUCACUGUGGUGCGAGUCUUGCAACAAAUGCUCAAAUUGCAGCUGCCACAGAGGAAUGCUCUGUUUGCAUGCGCGAUGGGUGCCACAGAGGCAAACCUUCCGCAGCCUUCUGCCUGGCGGUCACUCUUUCUCUUGCUGGAUGCAGACAAUGAUGGACGACUCAGCAUUGAAGAGUGUACUGUGGGUCUGCGGAGGCUCGCCGGCGCCGAGGUGACGUAUGAGCAUUUGAGGAUGGCGGUUAAGGCGUGCGACCUUGAUGGCAACGGUGUUUUGGACUGGGCUGAGUGGCUUUGCAUUGGUUUGCUGACCGUGACCAAGCUGGCAGAGGCAGGGUUGGUGGUCGAGCUUGCUCAAAGGCUCCUCAGCAGGAUGUGCACUACGGGCCAAAGUGAGGUUGUGCUGGAAAUUUGGAAGACAGCACAGCAAUUGUCUUCAGACAAGGAAGUCAGAGGGGUGCCCCUCUCCUUGAACGACUUGUGCUUGGUGCUCCACAGUUGCCAGGAAGCCAUGAUCUAAUGUCAAUGUUUCCUCUUGGUUUCACGUUGCCAACGCUUUGCACAUAGCUUAGGAGGUGUUUCAUGAGACAGGAGUUCUCCAAUCCGACAAAGUCGGCCAGAACACUGUCAGCUCCAGGCCAUCUCUUGGAUGACUUGAGUGGUGGCCAUGGCUGUCACAUUGGUACCAGUAUGUACCAGUCAUUGUUCAACCAGUCUUUUGCUUUCCAAUCUUUCCAGCUUCGGUUAACACCAUGUUGAAACUAUCCACAAGUACCGUCACGUAGCCCAUUCGUCUGAUUUCUAUUCUCGGGUAGCUUCAAAGCUUGAGAGUCCAACCAAACGUCCAUGCAGAAGUCAAUGCCUGGGCUGGUGAUGGCAUUUGCGCUGGUGUUUGUGCCGUUGUUU